GGCCUCACAAGGCCGUUGAGCUUGUGGACCGACUCUGGGAGGGGGUGGCGGGGAAGAGUGGAAGGAUUGAACCAAGCUGCGCAGUCAGACGCUGACUGAGGCGCCAGUUCAAGAAGCCGGACUUAAAGCGUAUAGCCAGAAUAGAGACAGCAGGGUGUCCAUUGUCCAGAACUCAUCUGAGAAACCACCACAGAAAUUACUGCUCUGCUCCAAGCGGAUCCCUGAACAGGGAGUUCCACAGCCUGCAGGAUGGGGACAGCCUGCAUCAAAGUCACCAAGUACUUCCUCUUCCUCUUCAACUUGCUGUUCUUUCUCCUGGGUGCCGUGAUCCUGGGCUUUGGGGUGUGGAUCCUCGCAGACAAGAACAGCUUCAUUUCUGUCUUGCAAACUUCUUCCAGCUCGCUGCAGGUCGGGGCCUAUGUCUCCAUCGGUGUGGGCGCCGUUACCAUGCUCCUGGGGCUCCUGGGCUGUAUUGGUGCUGUCAAUGAGGUCCGCUGCCUGCUGGGGCUGUACUUCGUGUUCCUUCUGCUGAUCCUCAUUGCACAGGUGACUGUAGGGGUCCUCUUCUACUUCAAUUCUGACAAGCUGAAACAGGAGCUGGGCAACAUAGUGAUGGACAUUAUUCAGAACUACAAGGUCAAUGCCAGCAGCAGCCGCGAGGAGAGCCUGCAGGAGGCUUGGGACUAUGUGCAGGCGCAGGUGGAGUGCUGUGGCUGGACCAGCUUCUACAACUGGACAGAAAACUGGGAAAUCCAGAACUCGACAGAGCUUCUGUACCCCUGCUCCUGUGAGAAAGUGCAGGAAGAGGACAACCAGCACAUUGUAAAGAAGGGGUUCUGCAGCAACAGCACCCUGGACAGAAACAACCCAGACGACUGGCCUGUGCACGAGGAGGGGUGCAUGAAGAAGGUGCAGACGUGGCUGCAGGAGAACCUCACCAUCCUCCUGGGCGUGUGUGUCGGUGUUGCUGUCAUUGAGCUUCUGGGGCUGCUGUUGUCCAUCUGUUUGUGCCGGCACAUUCAUUCUGAAGACUACAGCAAGGUCCCCAAGUACUGAGGCUGUUGGCGUUCCCUCUGUCCUGUGUCUCUCCACCCUCAGCCUCCCAUGGGGCCUCACUGGCUCUUUCCCCCAUGGCCUAUGCUCCAUCCAGCACUAAGGCCUCUGGCCCCUCCUGAGCAAGGGCCGUGUCAGGGACUUUCUGGGCCUGGACCGUACUCCCUGCCUCUUUGCUUCCAGUAUGGGGUCCCGGAUCUUCUGUGGCUCUUCCUCUUACUGUCUGGGGUCUCUUAACAGCUUGAAAUGACUCCCAGUGUUGCUGUACAGGAUGGCUGGGUCCCCACCCUUAAGUCAUAUUAGAUUAAAUACCAUGGAGGGUGGUUGUAGUCCCCAUGGAUGUCCAAGGGUCAGGCCACAGGAAAGGUUAGUGACUCCCCCUACUACCUUGAUAAUUUCUUUAUGGGUUUAACAUGUUUCUGUGGGAGACAGCGAGAGUAGGCAGUUCUUCCCCCACACCUUAUAGUCCCAUCCCCAGCAGCUCAGCUCAGCAGGGGUUGGGGGACUACCCCAGGCAGCCUCUAGUGAGUUCUUCAUUGAUAAGGGACCCAACUGCUUAUGGACAUGGGUAUCUCAGGUAUGGCUCAGGACCUGAGUUGUCUGUGGACCAGAAAAAGAGGAGCUGGACUGGUGUUUCUCGGCAGCUGUUCCCUGUCCCCUGGGCUGAGGGUGGUUGAGGCUGUGCCUUGCAGGGUUGGGAAGGGGCCUCCAUGUGCUCAGCUCUGAAAUCAACUAUUAAAUGAGGAUUUGUAACAAUA